AGAAAAUCCUAACUGAUUUAUUGAAUGUCACCAGGGUUACGGCAUGAAUGGACCGCCGUACCUUACUUUGCAUAUUAUGAAAAUAGGAAUGCCUAUUAAUAAUAAUGAUUUGUUCGUCUGGAUUGCGGAAGUUUGUUCCACGGACAACACGGGUAGGACUGUUCAAUAAUCCAAGUUUUCUUUCCAAUACGACACCGUUAUUAACACAGACUAUGGCGAGUUCGGACUUUAAUGGUUUUCGUGAGGAGUUUGGUAAGGCUAAAAACAUCGUAGUACUCACUGGUGCCGGAGUAAGCGCGGAGAGCGGAGUGCCCACAUUUCGGGGUGCUGGUGGCUUAUGGAGGAAAUUUGCAGCCCAGGAUUUGGCAGACCCUAGCGCAUUUCGCAUGAAUCCUUCACUUGUUUGGGAAUUUUAUCAUUACCGACGCGAAGUUAUGGCUUCCAAAGAUCCCAACCCGGCUCAUAUUGCUAUUGCUGAAUGCGAAAAAAGACUAAAACCUCAAGGGCGUGAUGUUACCGUUAUUACGCAGAAUAUUGAUGAGUUACACCAACGUGCUGGAUCUACGAAUGUCAUAGAGCUGCACGGAAACCUUUUCAAAACGAGGUGCACAAAAUGCCAGGACGUCCAGUUUAAUCGCAAUAGCCCCAUCUGCGAAGCGUUGGCGGGAAAAGGAGAACCAGAUCCAAACGCUGACGAUGCCCGAAUCCCUGAAGAGCAACUUCCACGGUGUACAAAAGAAAAUUGUGGUGGACUGCUUCGCCCGGGUGUUGUUUGGUUUAACGAAUGUUUGAAUGACUCUGUUCUGAAGGCAGCACACGACAAACUGGAUGAAUGUGACUUGUGUCUUGUGGUUGGAACGUCAUCUGUUGUGUAUCCCGCGUGCUUGUUUGCCCCCGAGGUGGCCUCUAGGGGGGUUCCUGUGGCCGAGUUUAACGUAGAGGCUACAGGUGUCACCGACAGUCUUGGAUUCCAUUUCCGAGGCCCCGCUGGGGAAUGGCUUCCUAAAGCUUUGGCUCCCCACCCUAAUGAGAAGACGAAUUAGUGCAACCUGGCACACAAUAUGUACUUGACAGUUCCACUUAUAGACUUUUCAGCGUUAAGUAUAUUACAUUCAUUGUAAAAGAAAGUGAAUACUGAAUUAUAGAUUUUUGCUGGGAGUGAUAAAGAUAUCUGAUUUUUUGAUGUACGAAUUUUUAUUUAUUAUUAAGUUUUUUGCUUUGCGGUUCUUCUGCUUCUUUUAAAAAGAUGUUACUGUUUUUUUUUUGACUGCAUUCAUGCAUGAAAUGUUUUAUGAUGAAGAAGAUCAGAUCGAUUAUGCUCUUGAAAACGCUUAACUUCAAGUGAGCAGCAAUCACAUAUCACAACAUCUAACCGCACUUUUGUUACAGAAAUAUUCAUGAUAUUCAUUAUAUUGCUGGCAGUUUUUACAUCUUACAAUUUGUUUAGUUUGGGAUCAAUAAAAUGUCUUUCAGUGUUUUGCUA